CGAAUAUCCGUGGCAUUAUCAAAAAAGUACAUGUACAUACUAGAAGUGAGCUAGCUAGCUUGUAGCAUCAUGUCAAAGCACUUUAGAUCUAUUCUACGACUAGUCUCAGAUGAUGGAGUCGCCCCAGUUACACAGGGAGGGGAGAGACUGUCAAUCGGCUUCAACAGCAGCUCUAAAACAGUCACAUUUCCUGAGCAGCCCCGCCCCCCUUUUGCAGAAGCAUCUACCGAAUACAGUUUCGAUGGAGUUUUUGCUGAGAAGCAAUCAAGCGUCUACAAGGACUCAGUUAGGCAGAUUGUCGACAACGUCCUGGCUGGCUACAAUGGCACUGUCAUCUCAAUGGCGACACAAGCCGCUCAUCUGGUACGAACAGAAACUAUGAACGCUCCGAAACGAGGUGCUAUUUUGAAAGCAUCACAGCAAAUUUUCCGUCGUUUGAUGAAAUCUCGAAAGAAGCAAGCUCAGGCUUGCUCAAAUCUUGUCGUAUUAUGUACUCUUGUAGUAGUCAUAAACGAAAGUGUUCAUGACCUACUAGCUGGGUUCUCGUCAGCAGGAAGCAACCAUAAGAUGAGUCAAGAAGAUACCGCAAUUCCACCCAAGCUUUCUUUGCCGGAGGAGGGGUGUUUGAUGGUUGGAGCCUCACAGCAAGAAGUACAGGGUACAAUCAAAAUGGCAUCCCUACUGCAGUACGGGAUGGACAUGGAGAAGAAAAUUUUAGAAGCCUACAGAAACGAGGAUGAUAGGAAAACAAUCCAUCACACAAUCUGUACGAUCUCAGUGGAGUACGCUCAGUUUGGUACGAUGAAUGCUCCUAUUAGUGGUAGCCUCUCCUUUGUGGAAGUGUGCCCAUCCGACCUCCUGUCAUGUGAUGUUGUCACAUCCAAAGAAUUAGUCUCUCUCCACACCUUUGUUGAGAUGGUGAAAUCACUCACACAAAACGGCCCCACAACUCUUAGUGCAGAUUUUUCAACUGAACUUACUUUUGAAAAAUCCCCCGAAACUCUCGAUCUCUGCAAAAAGUCCGUUUUAACACAGCUGCUCAAGGAAGCUCUCGGCGGAAACUGUAAAACUCUCCUAUUAACAUUUGCUAAAAAGCAAUUUCCUGCUGAAAACUAUUCCAAGAUUCGUUCUGUUCUUGAACUAGCUUCUCGAGCUCGUUUAAUACAAAACAGCCCCAACAGGAAGGACAUAGCUGAGAAGGCACUAAUGAAUGCGUACAUGCGAGAGUUGCACGACAUGUAUGGAGAUGGCGGCAGUGCAGCUGAAGGAGACAAGAAGAUUGUCCUAAAGCCUAAGCCAAUUGCUAAAUCUCCAACAAAUUUGUCUGAAAAUGGAAAAGAUGAACGGCAGCACAACAUGGAGAUGGCAGCCUUUGCCCUGGUAACGGCUAUAGAGGGAGGAGGGGAGGUGGGCACUGACAGUGACAGCUGCAGCGACGAUGAUUUGGACUCAUUGUCAAAAAGUGUGCAGCAGAAGUGCACAGGUAGCACUCGGCCUCGGAGCACUAAAGUGAAAAUCAGACGACGAAAAACUAAGACGGAAGUAGACUCAGCAGAAAGCUUAAGUGCCAGUGGUUGUGAUGAUGAUAUUGGUGUUGAUGCCCUGAUCACCAUCUUGCAAGACCCGGACAAUGGUGCCCCCAGACCAACUGUGGCAGCACUGGACAAUGUCAAACUGAGGCCAGACGCUGGUGCAAUAUUCUCGGGAGCUGCAAUAGUGCGUUGGCUUAUGGAGAGUGUGGCUGGUGUAGAGACAGAGGAACAAGCCGUGUGCUUAGGAGACCUCCUCCUGACCAGGGGGGCACUCGUACACUCUGAGGGCUCCAUGGUGUUUGCGAAUGCCGAGUCGUUGUUUUACUAUGCAAAGGAGGGGCGACCAAAUCGCAGAACUCUAAGUCAACAGGAAAUACAGUCCCUAUUAGCUCAGGCCCGGGCUGCCAUGGCAACAGAGGUGACGGCUGGCGAGAGAUCACAUGACAGGGGCAAUAAAGAGAGGCUGCACAAUAUUCACCAGGUGGAUAUGGAUUCUUCAAGAGAUUUGCAGUCACAAAUAAAUCUGAAAUCUACCACUCCUAAUGUGCAUGAGAUCUACAAUUGUGUUGAGGGAGAAACUGGAGAAGUUCUGAAUACUGGUACAAUUGAGAGUGUACAAUCAAUCAACUCUGAGACUUCUUUGUCGUCCUCCUACCCCAUCACUUCUCUGUCGUCCUUCCAGACCACUCCUCCAUCCUCUUCUUGGUCUGUUAGCGGCAGUGCAGGUGAAGUGUCUAGUCUACUGUGCAGUGCUGAUGGAGCAGUGGAGGGACUAACCCCUCCUGGGGGUCGUAAGAGCGUGAGGUUUCAGGACGACAAGAGUGUCAGUGUUGAUGAGGAGACCACUAGUGAUCCAUACACAGCACCAGUCGAGUGUCUCCCCACAGUGCACACAUUGGAAAACACACUCAACUAUCCCCACCCCCUCCACGGAGCAGUGGCCAUUGGUAAGAGACCCGGAGUGGUGCGUGAGCUAGUCAUGAUGUUUGGGAUCAACAAAGAGGACGAUCACAAACGCACUCCUCUCAUGUUUGCUGCCCUCGGCAACAACAAACGAUCGUCCGUUUCCACGCUGAUCGAGUGUGGGGCUGACUUGAACAGACAGGAUGUUAGUGGUCUCACGGCUCUACAUGUGGCCUGCUACCAUGGCAACAAGGCCGCAGCAAACGUACUGCUGAAUAAAGGAGCAGUAAUCGAAAUCUUAGAUGCGAAAGGUCACAGUGCAUUUCAUUGGAGCAUGGUUCCCGAGACACACAGCUGCCUCCAACUGCUAUUGAGGGUGAUAAGGCAUGCCUCUCCAAGUAUUCUGAGGGAAGCUGACAGUGGCGGACUAACCGCUCUACACUGGGCCAUUCAUUUCAAGAGACCACAUCAUCUUGCACUGCUAUUGAAGAAGUAUGGUGACCCUGUUCACUUGGACAAGGAGGGGAGGUCUCUAGUCACGUACGCACUGCAGAAGGAAUCACUCGACUGCAUGAAGGUGUUGAUAUCCGCCCACCCCACACUCCUCACAUUCCCUGACAUCACACAGAGCACCCCCUUCCAUCACGCCAGUGCACACCCCUCACCACACCCACUCCUAUAUCUCCUCUCUCACGAGAGCACGCCCCUGUUAAUCAACGCCACCAACAGCUACCAACGUACUCCCCUCCAUUGUGCCGUGGCCUACAACAGUGUGUACAAUACAGACCUAUUGCUACGGCGAGGGGCGGACGUACAACUGUGCGAUAAUGAGGGGAAAACCCCUCUUGAUUACGCCCACGAGCUGGAGAAUGGAGAGGACAUGCUCGCAAUACUAGAAGGACACGCCUCCUUUGAGUGGACUGAUGUGGAGAGUUCACGACCUCACGAACAGAACGAUUUAGCACCACCUGGUAGUAGAUUCUGUACCGUCUCGUAGCUCUCAAUUUUAAAAUCCUUUAGUUUUUUCUUAAAUUAUUAUAGAAGAAUUAUCAAAUCAAAGAAA